AUGGAAGUUUGCAUAGAUUCUGUUGCAUCAGCUAGAAAUGCAGAACUUGGAGGUGCCGAAAAAGUUGAACUUUGUGCUAAUCUUAUGGAAGGUGGUACAACACCAACCUUAGGAAUGUUAAAAAUAAUCAAACAGAAUAUUAAAAUACCAGUUUUUGUCAUGAUAAGACCAAGAGGUGGUGAUUUUCUUUAUGAUGAUGAUGAAUUUGAAGUUAUGAAACAAGAUAUUAUUGAGUUUAAAAAAGUCAAAGCUGAUGGAUUUGUUUUUGGGAUUUUAAAAAUUGAUGGAACAGUAGAUGUUGAAAGAUGUGCUGAAUUAUUAGGUAUGAUACGUCCAUUUCCUGCCACAUUCCAUAGAGCUAUAGAUAUGUGUAUGAAACCACUGAUAGAACUAGAUGAUAUUAUUAAAUUAGGAUUUGAAAGAGUCUUAACUAGUGGUGGUGCUCAAACUGCUCUUGAUGGUGCUCCACUUAUUAGAGAAAUGGUGUCUAAGGCUGCUGCAAGAAUUAUUGUGAUGCCAGGUGGAGGAAUUAAUUCCAAUAAUAUAGAUAGAAUUUUAUUACAAACUGGUGCCAAAGAAUUCCAUUGUUCUGCACGAUCGAGUUCAAGUUCAUUGAUGAACCAUAGGAAAGAAGGAAUCAGUAUGGGUGCUAGUCUUUCCCCUCCUGAAUUUACUGUGAAAGUGACAGACAGUAAAAAAGUUCAACAGUUAGUGGAAAUGGCUACAAGUAUUUGGGAUUGUGGACAAUGA